ACCGGUCGUUUGACCUUCGACUCACUGAGUCAAUCUCAGAUCACCAAAAUUAUCCAAUCAAGUUUAGAGAGAGAGACACCACUGAGAGAGAAGCUUCACGCAGAGAGAGAGAGAGAGAGAGAGAGAGAGAGAGACAAAGAUUGCAAUUUAAAAAAAAAUUAGUAAUUCUUUACUUGGUUUUUUUGAUGUUACAAUUAUUUCAAUUUUUAGGGUUAAAGAAAUUGAUUUCUCUGUGUGAGGUUGAAUUUUGGAGAUAAUUGAGUCCCUGCAAAUUAAAGCAACGGCUCUGAUACAUCGAUAGCUUUGAUUGCAAUCCAAGGCCCCACCAAGAUCAGACCCAACUUACCCCCCUCCCCAACCCAACUCUCUCUCUCUCUCUCACUCUUCAAAUGGCUUCCAAGAACCAGAACAAGCCUCCCACUCCUGCAAGCCCUUCAAAUAGUAAAUGUUUAGUUGAUGAAGUUUCGGUAGAUAAGCGGCGAAAAAUUGGGUUUUCGAAAAUGGUAGGGCCGGCGAAUGGAAGCAGAACCCGGCAGGCCUUCUCGGUCGUCAAUGGUGGUCAAGAUCUAGCUCCGGCUAACGGGACGGCUAGUAAUGCUGGUUCUGAUUGUGGUAGUGUUGAGUUUACAAGAGAGGAAGUUGAGGGAUUAUUGAAUGAGAAGAUGAAAACAAAGAACAAAUUCAAUCUUAAGGAGAAAUGUGACCAAAUGAUGGAGUAUAUUAAAAGGCUUAGGCUUUGUAUUAAAUGGUUCCAAGAGCUUGAAGGGAGCUACCUAUUAGAGCAAGAGAAGCUAAGGAAUUUGCUAGAAAUGGCAGAGAAGAAAUGCUCUGAUAUGGAGAUGCUAAUGAAGGCAAAGGAAGAGGAAUUGAAUUCAAUUAUUAUGGAGCUAAGAAAAAAUUAUUCAUCAUUGCAAGAGAAAUUUAUGAAGGAAGAAUCAGAUAGAUUGGCUGCAGUGGAUUCUCUUGCAAAAGAGAAAGAGGCUAAAGUUGCUGCAGAGAGAAUCACUACAAGAGAAUCCUCUUUCCGAAGUGCUCAACGAGAGAACUCAAGUGCUAAUCAGAAGAUUUCAUCACUUAAUGAUAUGUACAAGCGAUUGCAAGAGUACAACACAAGUUUGCAACAAUACAACAGUAAACUUCAGUCAGAGCUUGCAACAACUAAUGAAACCCUUAAGCGCGUGGAGAAAGAGAAAGCUGCUGUAGUGGAGAAUCUCAGUACCUUAAGGGGACACUAUAAUUCUUUGCAGGAUCAGCUUACUUCAUCUCGAGCCUCUCAAGAUGAGGCUCUGAAGCAGAAAGAUGCUUUAGUGAAUGAAGUGGGAUGCCUUAGGGGAGAUCUGCAUCAAGUGAGAGAAGAUCGUGACCACCAACUGUUACAAGUACAGGCUUUAACAGCUGAAGUGGUGAAAUAUAAAGAAUGUACUGGAAAAUCCUAUGCCGAGUUGGACAGUUUAACACAUAAGUCAAAUGAGUUGGAGGCAAGAUGUUCGUCUCAAAGUGAGCAGAUAAAAACAAUGCAACAUCAACUUCUUGUUGCAGAGAACAAACUGCAGAUGUCUGAUUUAUCUGCAUUGGAGACGAGAGCAGAAUUUGAAGAGAAAAAAAAACUUAUUAAUGAGCUACAAAGCCGUCUUGCAGAAGCAGAAGAGAAAAUUAUUGAAGGAGAGAAUCUACGUAAAAAGUUACAUAAUACAAUAUUGGAACUAAAGGGGAACAUCCGUGUUUUUUGUAGAGUACGACCUUUAUUGCCUGAUGAUGGUGUAGUUACAGAACAAAAAGUUAUUUCUUAUCCCACAACAACUGAAGCACUUGGACGGGGCAUUGACUUGCUACAAAAUGGACAAAGACAUUCUUUCACGUUUGAUACAGUAUUCAUGCCUGAAGCAUCACAGGAGGAUGUUUUUGUGGAAAUCUCACAGCUUGUACAGAGUGCUCUUGAUGGUUAUAAGGUCUGCAUCUUUGCUUAUGGUCAAACUGGUUCUGGUAAAACCUAUACUAUGAUGGGCAGGCCUGGAAGCCCAGAUCAGAAAGGGCUGAUACCUCGCUCACUAGAACAGAUAUUUCAGACUAGGCAAUCUCUUCAAGCCCAAGGAUGGAAAUAUGAAAUGCAGGUGUCAAUGUUGGAAAUAUACAAUGAAACGAUACGUGAUUUAUUAUCAACAAAUCGAUCAUGUUCAACAGAGAACGGUGUUGCAGGAAAGCAGUACACAAUUAAACAUGAUGCAAAUGGAAAUACUCAUGUCUCUGAUCUUACCAUUGUGGAUGUUCGCAGUAGUAGAGAGGUUUCUUUUCUUUUAGAUCAGGCUGCACAAAGCAGGUCUGUAGGCAAGACCCAGAUGAAUGAACAGUCUUCAAGAAGUCAUUUUGUCUUCACUCUUCGAAUAUCUGGUAUUAAUGAGAGCACUGAACAACAAGUACAAGGUGUCCUGAAUCUUAUUGACCUUGCUGGUAGUGAGCGUCUCUCUAAGAGUGGAUCUACUGGUGACCGGCUGAAGGAAACACAAGCCAUUAAUAAGAGCUUAUCAUCUUUAAGUGAUGUUAUAUUUGCCUUGGCAAAGAAGGAGGACCAUGUGCCAUUUAGGAACUCAAAGCUCACAUAUCUUCUUCAGCCUUGCCUAGGUGGGGACUCGAAGACUUUGAUGUUUGUCAAUGUUUCUCCUGAUCCUUCCUCGUUGGGAGAGUCACUUUGUUCGCUUAGGUUUGCAGCAAGGGUUAAUGCUUGUGAGAUUGGGAUUCCUCGGCGACAAACCAACAUGCGUUCUGCAGACUCUCGCUUGAGCUAUGGCUGAUUUUGAUGAAGUAGGACGGUUUUUGCUUUUAUUUGAGAAAAUCUUUUGUUCUUUAUCUGUGUGGCAUUUUUAAUUAUCAACCAAAAAUUCGAAUCCAAUUCUAACGUAGUCUGCUUGUAAUUUGUAUAGUGAAGAGAAUAUUUGGGCUUGUAUCAGUGAUAAUAGUAGUAGAGGGUUGCCCAUUGAAUAUUUCAAUUUGUAUUCGUAAAUGGAGAGUUUGAUACCUAAGCAUUCAUUCCUACAGAAUUCUGUUUUGUUGUACUUUAGUAAUGCCUUGUUACCUCUUUUGGUUAAAUCAAAGUUGAGUCAUCGUUGAAAUAGAUUAGAACCAAGCCACAUUUCAAACUUGGCAUUGUAUCAAUUAUCUGGAAAGUUGUUUUGCUUUGAAUAGCCAAAUGGAGGUAACAAAGAACAUAUGACAGUGCUCUUUUCAACUUGUGAAGAAA